GCAAGAUGGCGCAAGCGGCGCUCCCACUGCGCCCCCCGUGCUCCUAGGCAGGCAUGCGCCCGCAGCCCCCCGCAGCCCGGGCUCGGCCCCGGCCAGAGCCCCGGCCCCGGCCCCGGCGCCGGCCCCGCGGGACGCUGUGAGCCGCGAGAGGCCCGGGAGCCGCGCAUUGCCGAGCCCAGCGGACCGAGAGCCCCAUGGCUGAGCCGCGUACCGCGUCCCCGCGCCGCCCGCCCGCGCCGCGCUGGCCCCGGCUCCUGCUGCCGCUGCUGCUGCUGCUGCUGUUGCUGCUGCUGCUGCUGCCCGCGCCGAGCCAGGGUCUGGGCCUCUCUGCUGAACUGGCAUUUGCUGUGGAGCCUAGCGAUGACAUUGUGGUCCCUGGGCAGCCCAUAGUGCUGGGCUGCAAAGUGGAGGGGACCCCUCCAGUGAGAGUCACCUGGAGGAAGAAUGGAGUGGAACUGCCAGAGAGCACCCACUCCACCCUGCUGGCCAAUGGGUCCUUGCUGAUCCGUCACUUCAGGUUGGAGUGGGGAGGCAGCCCUUCAGAUGAGGGUGACUAUGAAUGUGUGGCUCAGAACCGCUUUGGUCUGGUGGUCAGCCGGAAAGCUCGCAUCCAAGCUGCAACCAUGUCGGACUUCCAUGUGCACCCCCAGGCCACUGUGGGUGAGGAGGGCGGUGUGGCCCGCUUCCAGUGCCAAAUCCAUGGGCUUCCCAAGCCCCUGAUCACAUGGGAGAAGAACAGAGUCCCCGUUGACACGGACAAUGAGAGGUACACAUUGCUGCCCAAGGGGGUUCUGCAAAUCACCGGACUGCGUGCUGAGGACAGUGGUGUCUUCCACUGUGUGGCCUCGAACAUUGCCAGUGUCCGGAUCAGCCAUGGGGCCAGGCUCACCGUGUCAGGCGCAGGCUCUGGGGCCUACAAGGAGCCAACAAUUCUGGUGGGGCCUGAGAACCUCACCCUGACAGUGCACCAGACCGCGGUGCUGGAGUGUGUCGCCACGGGCAACCCGCGCCCCAUUGUGUCCUGGAGCCGUCUGGAUGGCCGCCCCAUCGGAGUGGAGGGCAUCCAGGUUCUAGGCACAGGAAACCUCAUCAUCUCAGACGUGACUGUCCAGCACUCAGGCGUCUAUGUCUGUGCAGCCAACAGGCCUGGCACCCGGGUGAGAAGGACAGCGCAGGGCCGGCUGGUGGUGCAAGCACCAGCUGAGUUUGUCCAGCAUCCACAGUCCAUCUCCAGGCCAGCUGGGACCACGGCCAUGUUUACCUGCCAAGCCCAGGGAGAGCCACCUCCUCAUGUCACGUGGCUGAAGAAUGGGCAGGUGCUAGGGCCAGGAGGCCAUGUCAGGCUCAAGAACAACAACAGCACACUGACCAUUUCUGGAAUCGGGCCUGAAGAUGAGGCCAUCUAUCAAUGCGUGGCAGAGAACAGUGCUGGCUCCUCCCAGGCCAGUGCCAGGCUGACUGUGCUGUGGGCCGAGGGGCUGCCUGGGCCCCCACGCAAUGUUCGAGCUGUCUCUGUGUCGUCCACUGAGGUCCAAGUGUCCUGGAGUGAGCCCCUGGCUAACACCAAGGAGAUCAUUGGCUACGUCCUGCACAUCAGGAAGGCUGCUGACCCACCUGAGCUGGAGUAUCAGGAAGCAGUCAGCAAGAGCACCUUCCAGCACCUGGUGAGCGACCUUGAGCCCUCCACUGCCUACAGCUUCUACAUCAAGGCCUACACACCAAGGGGGGCCAGCUUGGCCUCCAUCCCCACCCUGGUCAGCACCCUGGGUGAAGUCCCUGCCCCACCCCCGUUGUCAGUACGGGUGCUGGGCACCUCCUCCCUGCAGCUGUUGUGGGAACCAUGGCCCCGGCUGGCCCAGCGCGAGGGUGGCUUCAAGCUCUUUUACCGCCCAGCCAGCAUGGCCGCCUUCACUGGCCCCAUCCUGCUGCCUGGGACUGUCUCCUCCUACAAUAUCAGCCAGCUCGACCCCAGCACAGUGUACGAGGUGAAGCUGCUUGCCUAUAACCAGCAUGGGGACGGCAAUGCCACGGUCCGCUUCGUGUCCUUGAGGGGAGCAUCUGAGAGGACAGCCCUGAGCCUGCCAUGUGACUGCCGGAAGGAAGAAGUCACCAACCAGACAUCAACCACAGGCAUUGUUGUUGGUAUCCACAUCGGGGUCACCUGCAUCAUCUUCUGUGUCCUCUUCCUCUUGUUUGGCCAAAGGGGCAGGGUCCUCUUGUGUAAGGAUGUGGAAAACCAGCUCUCCCCUCCCCAGGGCCCCCGCAGCCAGAGGGAAGUCUUGGCCCUGAAUGGGGUGGGCAGGGGAGAGCGGGGCCAGCUGGGUGGAGAGAAGAAUGUGGAUGCCAAGGAGCUAGAGCAGCUGUUCCCCUCGGCUGGGGCUGCUGGGCAGCCUGGCUCCCGGCCCACUCAGGAUCCCACAAUCCCUGCCUCGUGUGAGGAGACCCAGCUCUCUGUGGUGCCACUUCAUAGCUUCAGCCUUCUGGUGGAUAGGACAAUGGAUGCCAAGUCCCCCUGUGCGGGCCCAGUGACUGCCCCACCACCCCAGGAUGUAGGCCCUAGCCUCCUCAGUGAAGGGCAGGCUGCCCGGCCUUCUGCAAUGCUAGCUUCUUGCUCCAGACAGUAGUCCAUAUUUGGCAGGCUCUGGAGGGGGCACCCCCGCAUUCUCAGGUCAAAGCUGAAAUUUCUCCUGUUAUGUGGGAUUCAGAUGGUCCUGGGGACUGCCCAGCCUUUCUGGUCUGACUAAAGGACAGGGUUGUGGAGACCCUGGGAGCUGAACGGGGUUCUGGUAGGACCCCUACUGCUGCCCGGAACCCACACAACUUGAAACUGAACUAAUGUUUUUCUCUAAAACUCAAAACUUAAAAUCAAAAAGAGAGAAAGAAGAGAGAGGAAGGUGAACUAGACUCCAAAACUACUUCCCUGCUGUGGCUGGUCCCUGACACUGUUGCCCUGCUCCAACCUUGUUUUCUCAGGAUGGAUUGUUGCUGUUUUGGCUCUCGCACCUACCUCAGCCGGAAUGAAUGUCCUGAGGGCAAAGGGGCGGUAGCCUCUGCCCCCUGCCCCACAGAGCCCGAAUGCACUCCUACCUCAAGCCCCAUUAUGGGCGCUUCUCCCUUCCUACAAUGUUGUCCAGAGUUUAAAAAAAA